AAUUUUCCUCGAUAUUGGUGUGUGUGAUUUUGCUCGAUCGAUCAAAAGUGUUUGUUGGUGUGUUUGUGUGUGUGUUGUCGAUUUAAUUUGAUUGGAAAAGAAUUUGAAUGGAUAUUAUAAUGAAGUUAACUGAAGACGACGAUUAUAACAAAAUGCCAGCCCCGGUAGCGACAACUACGAAUAGUAACCAUAAUGCCAGCAAUUUAACAACAAAUCCUGUUACAACCACCAGCAUAACAAUCAAAAAUAAUGCCAAUAAACAAGCAACAACAUCAAUAGAUUGUAUAAUAAAUCAUGGCCAAAAUAAUAUCAAUUUGGCUAACGGUGAUAUGUCAUCAUCAUCAUCAUCAAUGAAAUCCACUGAGCUAUCAUCCAAUAUCAAAUCAACACUGGAUUAUCCGAAGCUGACCAAUGAAAAAUCGACCACGACAACAACUGCCAUCAAUAACAACAUCACCGAUAGCAACAAAUUAGAUAACGAUUGUUUAGAUAACAAUAAAGCUCAGACAUCAUCGUCAUCAACACCGAUCGUAGCCAAUGAUAAUGUAAUUAUCCAAAACGGUAAUGGUACAUCAUCACCAUCGUUAUUGGAUCAUCAUAACACUCAUCUGACACAGCCGCAAUCGCAAGUGAACUCUGUUGUUCCGAAUGCUUGGAUUAAUUCACCUGGAAAACUUGUGGCUAAAUCAAAUAAUCAAACAGCUCCAACACCAUCUUUAUUACCACCAUUACAAUUAUCAACAUCGUCAGCCAACAAUAGCCAUACAACUAAUACUAAAACUUUGUCAAAUAAUACGCAUAACAACGGUAACAAUAAAAACGUUAUUCCAUCAUCAUCAACAACAACAACAAUAUCAUCAUCAGUGAUGCCUAUUUCUUCCACAAGUACCAACACAAUUGUCGGUACAACAAUAUCAACAAAUACAACGGCGACAACAUCAUCAUCAUCAACAUCAACGAUAAAUAAUAAGAAAUGGUCAUCGAAAAAUGGAACAAAUUCUGCAUCUAAUUCUGUCAUCAGUAAUAACAGUAGUAGCUGUACACAAAAUGCUUCAAGUAAUCAGAAAGAUGAAUACAAUUUAAAUUAUAGUGAAGAUUGGCCUUCAUUAAACGAAGUUAACGAGCUUUCAUUGAAUUCUAAACGUAACUCUGCCGGUGAAACGAUGGUUAUCAACAAUACCAAUCCAAAUAACACUGAAGUUCUAUCUUCUUCAUCGUCAUCAUUUUCAACACCAUCAUCACCGAAUAUAAUUGCUCAAAAUUGUGAAUCCAAAGGAUUGAAUAAAACCUCAUCUGUUUCGACGUCAUCUUCACAAUCAGCAAACACCUUUAAUAGUAAUGAUAACAAAAAAUUAAGCAAUGAUUCAUCUUUACCAAAUGGUAUUAGCGUUGUCCAAUCUUCGUCGAUUCAAGAUGAUUCUAAUGACGAUGGUUCAACUACAUCUUCAAAAGACGCAAAUUUAAAUUCAUCUGGUCAAGGCUUAGACAGUGGAACGUCGGGUUCCAAUAAAAAUAAAAAGAAAGGACAAAAGAAAUGGGUGCCAUUAGAUGGUAUCAUUGGUGCACCACCGGCCAAAUUACGUGGUAAAAUUGUCAAUAAAACCAAUGAUUAUUAUUCUGUCGGUGAUUAUAACGGAAUGAAUGGAUAUGCUGAUCAUGAAUAUAAAUCCGGUGCUGUCGGUGGUGGUAACCGUUAUGGAGGCAAUGGUAAUUUAUCUCGCAAUCGAUCUCAACGACGAGGUGAACGUGGAACUGGCAAUGGUGGUACCGGCAAUCGUGGCGCUGGAAAUGCUUCAGGUUCGAAUGUAAUCCAUAACAAUGAUGACAAUCAUCGUGUUGCUGCUGCAAGUGCUAAUGGUGGUAAAAUCGGUUCGUCAAAUUUUCCACAUUCAUCCUCAACAUCUAGUUCGAAUGGCACCAGUAAUAGCAAUAUAAAUAAAUCAAAUGCUCAAUCAGAAACAAGUGAUUCAUCAUCGUCAUCUUCUAAUCCGAAUGCGAACACAAAUAAUAAUGUAAACAAUCAUCACAAUAAUAACAAUAAGAAAAAGAAUCCAUUAUCUGGAAACGGACAUUCUACGGUGAAUAAUCCUAGCGAUUUACAUCAUCCAUUUUCUCAUCAUCAUUCGCAUCCACCCCAACAGUCGCAUCAGCAUCAACACCAGCAACAUCAUCAUCACCCAAUGAAUGUUCAACAACAGCCUCCAUUGCCAAUAUAUCCACGACGUAAUACAAAUGGUGGUAUGCGUGGAAGAGCACGUGGUGCUGGAUUAAUUGGUGGUGGCCGUAAUCUUAAUCGAAGUCGUUCGCAAUUAUCUAAUGAAUCUACUGUUCCAGUUGUUAAUCCGACUACAGUCAUCGUUCCGCAACAAACAAGUGCAAAUGUUGGUGCAAUUUCUGGAACUGUUGUCACUGCAGCGAUGCCACCACCACCACAGCCAUCUGUGGUUACUAAUACGGUUGCUCCCGUUGGUACUGGUGUUACAGCUCCAAACAUUCAUCCGGAUGAAUAUGCUGCUGCUUAUCCUCAAUAUACUGCUUAUGAUUUUCCCGCACAAAAUAUACGACCGGAUUUGAAUUUACCUCUUUCGGCUGGAUUGCCACCGGCACCAACACCAACGGCGGCUUUUUUGCCUGCCUCAUAUUAUUACAAUACUCCUUUUGUUUAUGGACCUGAUGGUAUCAAAGAAAUGUUGCGUUCACAAAUUGAAUAUUAUUUUUCGGAAGAAAAUCUUCAACGAGAUUUUUUUCUCCGACGUAAAAUGGAUGAGCAGGGAUAUUUGCCAAUUUCUUUAAUUGCUUCAUUCCAUCGUGUUCAAGCAUUGACACAAGAUGUUACUUUGGUCGUUGAAGCAUUAUCUAAUUCAACGGCUGUCGAAGUUGCCGAUGGUAUCAAAGUGAGAACACGCAAUGAUCCACUGAAAUGGCCAAUUUCGGAUAAUCUUAGCGCUGCGGCUGCAACUGCUAUUCAUCCAGCCAUGGUAAUGGCAACAGCUACUUCAGUUAUGCAAUCACAUCAACAAAGUCCAGCAAAUAUUGCUUAUCAACCGAAUGAUGAGAUCACAAAUAGCAAUAGUGAUUUCAGUAUUGUAAAUAGCAGUGAUGAUUCGACAAAAAACCCAGAUGCUUCGAUAAAGGAUACUGUUGCUAAUGAUAAUCAAUCAACAAGUGAUGUUAAUUCUAUUCAUGUAACAAAUAUUGCUCAAUCACAACAGAAAACAAACUGUUCUUCCACAGCCACGGACACAAUAUUGAAUGAUGAUGAAAUCCAACAUGGAAAACAAGUGAUCACUAAUCAAUCUCAGAUUCAUUUGGCCGAGUCGACCCACUCUACCGCUAUGGAUGGUUCUGAUGGCCCGACGACUACAUCAAUCUCUGACAAUAACACCGAUUCUCGAUCACCAUCCUCUGAUAUGCAACCUUCAGUUGUCGAGACAGUCAAUUGUGAUAAAUCUGAACAAGUGAACAAUGGUGAUGCCAAAAGCAGUUCAAUCGAUUUGCCAAAUCGUGAACCAGCUUUUAAUAGCGUUCUAAAUGCUAACAACAAUAGUGAUAAUGCUAAUGUGAAUGCCACAACAACUGCAUCGGCGAUAAAUGAAUCUGAAGAUUGGAAACCAGUACGUUCGAAAAAGAACAAAUCUCGUGCCAAUAAAUUGAAUGAAAAUUCAUCUCAUCAAUCAUCUUUGAAUUUUAAACCAACCAAUCGAUCAGCAGCCAAAGAAGAUUUACCAUUUUUAUUGGAUGAGGAUGUCAAUGAUUGUGAUGAUUUACAACUAGCUGGUCGUCGUAAAUCAUACAUUGACUACUCUGAUUAUGAUGAUUAUGAUGAAAUUAGUGAUCAAGAUUUGAAAAAAAUCAUAUUGGUGACGCAAAGCCGUAAAGGCAGUCAUUUGAAUGAUCGAACUGGUGAUUGGACGACUCGGGUCAAGAUGACUCAAGAGAUGGCAAAGAUUAUCGAUGAUGGUUUAUUCUAUUAUGAACAAAAUUUAAUGCUGAAUCAACAAGGUGCUAGUGCUAAGCAGCAUAAAACAUUGGGAUACAUUUCUCGUAAAGAUUUUGAACUUUAUUCUGGAUCUCCUAAAGAUAAAAAGGAAAAUUCUUAUUCAACUCCACCUCCACCACCUCCUACACUGAAUGAUGAUAUCGAAUUGGACGAAGUAUAUACAACCACUGGAGAUCAUACAUUAUCGGCAGAAGAGCUUCAACAAUCAGCCAGAUCGUUGCAACGGAAAUCUCCAAAUCCUCGUUUCUAUCUAGCCCCAGAGCCUCAUGAACUUCCAGCCGGUACACCACGCAAACAAAAAACUAGACAUUCUAGUGAUCCACCGAUUGAACCACAUGUUGGUUGGUUAUUGGAUGUUCGUGAUUAUGACACUGCUUCGAUGAAUAAUGAUGCCACAGUAGGCACGAAUAAUAAAAAUGAAAAAGUCGUCACCACUUCAAAUGUAACGAACAUUAAAUCCCAAUCAACAAACACUGGUUCAGUGUCAACUAGUCUUGGUUCCACUCCUCAAUCACUGCCAAAGUUUGAACAUCCAUCUCAUGCCUUGCUGAAUGAGAAGGGAUUCACUCAAUUUAUCUAUCAUAAAUAUCGUCAAAGGUGUAUCAAAGAACGAAAACAACUUGGCAUUGGUCAGAGUCAAGAAAUGUUUACAUUAUAUCGAUUUUGGUCAUUCUUUUUGCGAGAUUUUUUCAAUCGCAGCAUGUAUGACGAAUUUAGACGAUUAGCAAAUGAAGAUGGACAAAUGGGCUUUCGUUAUGGUUUGGAAUGUUUAUUCAGAUUCUAUUCUUAUGGUUUGGAGAAACAUUUCCGAUUAGAUUUGUUCAAUGAUUUUCAAACAGAAACAAUCAAGGAUGUCAAUGCUGGUGAAUUAUACGGGUUGGAAAAAUUUUGGGCAUUCCGUCAAUAUUAUAAAAAUUGGUGUUCAAUCGUAUCUCAUGUGGAUCCAUUCCUGCUUAAAAAACUUGACGAAUUCAAAUGUGUAGACGACUUUAGAUUAGAUGCCGAAACGAUAGCUCAUCGUGAAGCACAAAAUCGAAAAAAGCGAGAAGAAUAUUUGAAAAACUUUCAACAUGAGCAGCAACAAAAUUUUUCGAUGAAGAAAAAAUGUGAUGGCAAUACAAAUGUUUUGUUGGAUAAAAAUUCGAAUAGAAGGCCUCAGAAUACAGUGAUUGGUGAUGAAAAUAAGCAUCAAUUUUCAAAACAAGAUAAUAGAACACAGUCAUCUAAAAGUAAUAAUGGAUCAAACAAACCAAGCAAAGAUGCCAAACAGCCAAUGCGACAAUCGAAUAAUUUGCAAGCGAAUAAUAUCAAAUCGGUACCAACGAUACCACAUGCAGCGCCAGUGAAUUCACCGACAUCAUUCGCUGCAAUUGUUGCUUCAAAGCCAAAAAAGAUAAUAGAAACUGGAACGACAGCUGCAAUUUCAAAUAAUGAAAAUUCGUCUACAAAAUGAACAUAAUC